AGGAACCUGGGCUCGAAAUUGAGUUCGAAUCGAUCAUCAUAUCAUGGCCGAAGGCGUUGCAAAACUGGAUGAAAACGACCCUUCUUUCCGAUCUGAAAAGCCUCCAGAAUACCAAGAAAGAACAGAUAUGACUUCAGAAAGCCUUUCAGAACCAGAYACGACRAAUUCAAGCGUCCCAAAUGUGGAAAUUCGCGAUCAACGYUUCUAUAACCAACAUCCUCCUAUGGCCCCAGUUUACAGCAAUGAAGAUGUAAAACAGAUCAGUGAAAAUAUGAAAAAAGAAGAGGCGAAAAAGUACUUUUCUUUAAGAGAAGGACAGUUUGAAAAUGCUGUGGACACUGAUUGCAAGGCAUUCAUAAAUCCAGAGGAGGAUGGCGAAGUUGUUAGCUCUUAUCUUUUGACAGAAAUYGAUCACUGGGACCACGAAAAAGAACGAAUUGUUAUCAUCACAGAAAAAAAGCUCAUUCUAGUCAAGUACAACUUCAUUGGAUUAAGAGUUGAAGAUCAUCGUAAAAUCCCCCUUAUCAAYUGUGAYAAAAUACAGAGUGGACGUUUCACAUACCCCAAGAACACAAUGAUGAUACCACGUCAUUUCCAAACUGGCCUUCGAGUUUACAUCAACAAAAAUAAUCAACCSUCSUUCAUGCAGAACUGGAACCCKUGGUGCCGAGAUAUGCCAUUUGUAACAUUUGCUUGGCACAAAGCUCUGCACCUAAAAGACGAAAUUUCCAGAUACCUGGAUUUGAAUGCAUUCCAGCAAGAGCUUGUGACGUCAAUCACUGCUGCCCACAAUGAGCUGCACCCAGGUGUAGCAGAAGACUCACUUGAGUUCAGCAACGAGCCGAUACUGAUCCAAGUGUACUGCGGGGCAUCGCCAAUUGUUCAUAAUUGGAGCAUACUGGGGUAUAAUCGAGACAGGGGAAGCUUUGGAUACUAAUAAACRGUGUAGAUACUUAAAUAAAGAUAAAAAGUAAUUUAUAAUGGACUGAAUAGCCAAAUAAUAUUGAGCAAGGUAGUUUAUUUGCACUUUAUUUAAAAGUUUUAUACACAAGUUCUUUACUUCACUUACAGUGUAUAGAGUGAUUUUCAUAAACCCUUGAAGCACACUUUAGUGUAAUACAAUUCAUUACUUUAUAUUUGGCAUAGUUUUCUUCUUUUUUUAAGGUACACUUUGUUUCAUGGGUUUAUGAAAGUCACAGAAAUAAGUUUUUUGUUCUGAUAUGAAACUAGAAUUUUCAUUGUUGGUUCGUAGAAAUUUCUUGAACAGUAGUGAAUUUUAGGUUUUAAUACCUCAAUAAAAUAUUGAGUUUACAUUUUGAGAAUACAGCAAGUWCCAUUUAUAUCCAUGUUGUUUUAUAUCUGAUAAUGAUAAUUAUCACAAAAAGUUGUAGUGAAUGUGUGAAGUCAAUAGUUUUAUGUAAGUUUUCAUGAUGUAAUGGGUUUUUUUAAUUUCUAUUCAUUUUGUUUUAUAUUUGAUAAUGAUAUUUAUCACAUAAAGUUUUAGUGAGUGUAUGGUUUUGUUAUAUUGAAGGCAAUAGUUUUCUGUAAAUUUUUCAUGAUGUAAUGAAUAUGUUAAGUAAAUAUUUUUUUGUAAGGUAACACAGUAGCAUCAUUUUGUGAGUAUACAGUCUGAAGUAUUUAGACUAAAACGUUUACAUAGAAAAGAUAUAAUAAAACAUAUUUCUUGGUG